UAAUCUUCUUUUAGGUAUAUUGCUCAUUUGUUAGUCGAUAUCAGUAACACAUAAUCAAUCAAUAAUAAAAAUGAACAUAAUGUAUCACCUGUUAUAUUUUCACAACUUCUACCAAUAUAUGCAUCUAUACAGUUACUGUUUCCCGGAGCGCUAUGCUGGAUAAGCGGCUGAAAUGUGGACGGUUUUCAUGUCCCUGUCAUGCUGGUAUAGCUGGUUCCGUUUUACGUGAAAUAGGCGGAUUCUGGUAGCUUAACUGUCUUCUAUGCCAGUAGGAAAAUCACGGAAGUUGAAAUAGGAUAAUAGCAUAUUUGUAUUGCCUUUGCGACAUUAAGGCAAUCACUGUACUGGUGACAUAUUAUCAUUAGCAUAAGCAGAUAUCAUAUGUCAAAAUACGUCCAAUCUCAUAUUUCUUUUUGCAGGAUUUCCUUUUUUUUACAAGUCUUAAUAAUAGUCCGCUUGUUUCAUUGUCAACAGAGCGAAGCAGCUCUCAUAAUAAUACAGAUGAGGAUUCACCUGAGGAAACAGUGUUCUCUUACAACGGGAAGUACUUUCCUUCAUCUUUGACUGGUACAGAUGAAAUCGGAACAGGAUAUACAGGGGAGAAAUGAAGUUUCAGAAGUUUCCCUGCAUCUGUGCGAUCAUCACAACAGCGCUGUCAGUGAUUUGGUACAUUCACAUAACCGGCCUUAUUGGAGUCCAUGUUACACUGGAUAAGAGACUGCAUGGCUAUAUCAGGAUCACACCAGUACAAAUGAACCAGUACCUAGAUAUCCACCCCAAAGAAUGUGCAUUAGUAUCCAGCUCGGGUCAGAUGCUGAAGUCCAGCAUGGGCAAGGAAAUAGACCAGGCUGAGUUUGUGAUCCGGAUGAACAACGCGCCUACUGUGGGAUAUGAACAGGAUGUUGGGAGCAGAACCAAUCUCCGUGUGGUGUCUCACACCAGUGUGCCGCUGUUACUCAAGAAGGAGAAGUACUACUUUCAGCAGUCUGCAAGUACCGUUUAUGUUGUUUGGGGCCCGGAAAAGAAUAUGCGUCAAGAUGGCAAAGGCAGGAUUUUUAACGCUCUCUGGAGAGUGGCCACGAAAUACCCCAACGUUAAACUGUAUGUGAUGACCAGGCAGAAGAUUCAGUAUUGUGACAGUAUUUUUCAGAAGGAAACUGGGAAAAACAGAAUGAGGUCUGGGGCCUUCCUAAGCACUGGCUUCUUUACCAUGGUACUGGCGAUGGAAAUGUGUGACAGCAUUCAAGUUUACGGGAUGAUCGAUGAUAAUUACUGCAGCAAGGCGAACCACACGGUGGCCCCAUACCACUACUACGAAAAGUACCCUGCCAAUGAGUGCUCAAUCUACCGCGUCCAUGAGAGGGCGCACCGCGGGGGCCACCGCUACAUCACCGAAAAGACCAUCUACGGCAGGUGGGCCUCACAGAGAAAGAUCCGGUUCAAACAUCCAGCCUGGACAGAGCUGGAAAAGCUGGAGUGAAUGCCUAUAUACAGGGUUCCUAUGCAGAAUGGAA